UGCGAGGCUGAAUACAGCAAUUUAGGGGAAUCGAAUUCAAAAUCUUAAAACAAACUUGCUGAGUAAAUAGUCCCGGUUCUUGAAGAUGUAGGGAGUCGAAGUCAACAAAUCUUCGACUCUAAAGCCCUGGUUUUGUAAGAACUUAAACAGUGCAGUGAGCUGUGUGAAGACAAACAAAAAAUAAACAACUUGAUGAAAACUAGUCCAUACGUGAAUCGUUAACCAAAGUCGCACAAAACAGCACAAUUUAUGCUCCAUUCAUCAUACGAUAUCAACCAAAGCGAACCGGAAAUAAUUGCAAAUUGUCAACUAAUCAUACUUUUACCAACCGACGCCCUUCGACAACCCCCUCCCGAGGUUCACAUUGAUAAGGAAUCCACAGGGCUUCACUUGUUUCGUUUUUUUUACUUAUGCUAAAUUUCACAAUUAACACAAUUUGGUCGCCAAUAUUAAGGUGCGAACCAAGCCCGAGCAAUCGACAGUUCGUUAGCGUUAGCGGAACGGUUUGGAGCCAAUUUUCUCACCAUGACCCACAAUUACUGGAGGUUCCUGGUGGUCGCGGUCCUGAUGUUAGCGAUACCCGCUCCCGUUCGAUCCCACCCGUCCGAGUCACCCCGGAUCGUCGCCGGGAAGGACGCCGAGCUGGGCCAGUUCCCGUACCAGGCCAUGUUGCGCAUUCAGAUGGAGAAGGGUCGAGCCCUGUGCGGCGGAAGUCUGAUCUCCGAGGAGUGGGUCCUGACGGCCGGACACUGCGUGGAGGGGGCCAGCUCGUUCGAGGUGCACUUGGGGGCGGUCGAGUUUAAGGAGCCGGAGGGGGGCGACGGACGGACGGUGCUCAACUCGACGGAGUUUAUCCGGCACGAGGAGUACCGGCGGGAGUCGGUUUCGAACGACAUUGCGGUGAUAAAGCUGCCGCAGCGGGUGCCGUUUAGCGACCGGAUUCGGCCGGUGGCACUGCCGACGGGACACGACGACUACAACCGGCGGAUGGCGAUCGCUAGUGGGUGGGGCAAAACGAAGGACCGGGGUGGAGCGGCUCAGCGGUUGCAGUACGCGCCACUUAAGGUCAUCUCCAACACCGAAUGCAUGCUGCUGUACGGCCCGGGAACGAUUCAACCCUCGACGAUUUGCACCCGGGGCGAGAACCGUCAGUCCACGUGCAACGGCGACUCCGGCGGUCCGCUCGUGCUCGAGGACGAUCGCACCCUGAUCGGGGUGGUCAGCUUCGGCAGCGCCAUUGGCUGCGAGCGACGCCUCCCGGUGGCGUUUGCCCGCGUGACGGAGUUCACCGAGUGGAUUCGGAACAAAACCGGAGUGGCGGCGGGAUCGGGCGAAGGAACGACGACCGAGUCGCAAUAAUGGGACACAUUUCUCAUUACUCUCUACCGUGCGCAAAUUGGCUAGUUACGUUAGAGUUUUUUUUUUCUAAUUUUAAUUAGCAUUUUUAUUCUGUUUUCGACUUUUAGAGCGACUUUUUCUUUAAAAGUAUAUAAUAUAUAUAAUCAUCUUAAAGGCUAUACACAGUAUCUUUCUCAACCUAAUUGUAUUUACACCCCUUGGAGGAAGAAAAAAAGAACAUAAAGAGCGAACGAUUUAUCCAAUGAUUUGCCUUGUUUUAUUUGUAAUGUGAAAUUUGUUAAUCUAAAACCUCUUAGCGAUUCUCUUUCUUCUUCUUUUUUUUAUUAAAGCGUUAUUUUUUCUUCACUCGGAAAUAAUUAAAUUUUUACUCUUUUCGUAUAAGUCUAACGGUUCAGAUUACUUCAAAAAACCGAAUAAAACACCCCCGUUUCACUU